CUAGUAAAUAUAUGUAUUUUAAUCAAAUAAGAUCAUGCAGGUCAUAUAAAAGGCUCAAUGGGAUGAAACUGUUAAUCCAAAAAUAACAUAAGUGACAUAUCAGACAGAGCCAAAUGUUUUCCAGAAUAAGUUGAGAGGUGUUGUUGACAUCUGAAGAGACAGAUAGGAGGGCUGGAAUAAUUUGAUGACAGGACAAAGGAGUAUAAAAGAUCAAGUCUGAUGGUCAGACCAAAAACAAUUGGGUAGAAUUACACAGGAUAUUUUACUACUCUGCAGAUCAUGGCUGAUUUUGACAUGGUUCUGAAGUUCUGGGGUCCAGUGGAGGCGGACUAUGCUGCCCAUGGGAACAUGGUUCUGACCCGUUUAUUUACAGAGCAUCCAGAUACCCUAAAGCUGUUCCCCAAGUUUGAUGGCAUCGCCCAAGGUGACUUUGCUAGUAACUCAGCUAUUUCUGCCCACGGUGCCACUGUACUGAAGAAACUCGGGGAGCUGCUGAGGGCCAAAGGCAGCCACGCUGAUAUCCUCAAACCCAUGGCCAACAGCCAUGCCACUAAGCACAAGAUCCCUAUCAAUAACUUCAAGCUGAUAACAGAGGUCAUUAUUAAAGUCAUGGAAGAGAAGGCAGGACUGGAUGCCACCGGUCAGCAGGCUCUGAGGAACGUGAUGGCUGUCGUCAUAGCUGACAUGGAGGCCAACUACAAAGAGCUCGGCUUCACUGGCUGAAGAUUCAAGUCACAAGUCCUAAUAUUUAUCAAAAAUUAAGGGGUUGAAUUACAUAUGAGCAUGAUCAUAAGGACGAAGAACAUGAUCAGCUUUAGUUAAGUUAGAUGAAUCCUGUCCAGAAUUUUCCGACUGUAGUGUACUCUAAAUCUUUCUCAAGUUUCACCAAUAAACAAUCUAUCACUCUACUCUGUUUAGUAUGUUUUAUAAGAA